AUGAAAUAAGUUAAAAAUGCCAAGAAAAUAAAAAAAUAAAAAAAAUAGAAAAUGUAGGUUCAAAAGGCAUCCCAGCCAUUACCAGAUGAAAAUAGUAAUUUACAAAAAUUAUUUUAUUAGAAAAUAAUGGUUAAGAGGAUUAAAGUGCAAUAGAAAAUUAUGAGGUCUCCUUCUUGGACCCUGAGGAAGGUGAUUAUGAUGAAAUUUGUGAUAAUGGUAAGGCAAAUAAAUAAUUAAAAUAGGAUAGGAAAUAUAAGAAUAUGAUGAUCAUCAAGGUGCAAUAGGCCAUUUCAAUAUAGCAAUUUAAAUAGAUCCAAAUAAUUCUUAUGCAUAUUAUUUAAAAAGUAUUUGAUCUAAUAAUUCAAAUAAGGUGUUUCAUUAGAAAAAUUAAAUUUUUUAGAGAAAGCUUUGGUACAUGUUAAUAAAGCUCUUUCAAUUGACCCUUCAGAUGAAGAUUCACUAACAUUAAAAAGUAUUUACUUUAAUAGAUAAUUAGGUUAAAUAUUAGAAAAGCUAAAUUUAUAGGGGAAAGAUGUUAAGGUGAAAGAAAAAAUGUCAGCUAAAAUAUUCAAAAAGGGGCUUAACUUAAUGUUUUAUAUCAAAUUAAAUAAUUUAGGGAAAAAGAUCAAUUCUAAGAAGCAAUAAAUUCUUUUGAUCAAUUGAUUAAAAUUAAUCCAAAUAACUAUUAAGCCUAUGUUGAAAAAGGUAUAAAAAAAUAAUCAUUUAGGAAAUGCAUUAUUUUAUCUAUUGGAAUUUCAUGAAGCUUGUAACUGCGCCAACAAGGCCAUUUAAAUAGACCCAAAUUAAGAGGCAGCUUAUAUUUUAUUAGGUUUUUUAAUUAAAAAUUGUAGGCAUUUCAUUAUCUGAAUUGAGUCACACACAACAGGCAAUUGAUUCAUUUCAUAAAGUUAUGUAUAUCAACCCAAAAAACUUUGAGGCUCAAUACCAUUUAGGUAUUUAUAUAUUAAAUUGGCAGGAUGUCUUUUAAAUAAAGAACAAAAAUUUCACGACGCAAACUAUUAUUUGGACAGAGCUCUUUCAUUAAUUUCAGAUAAUCCUCUAGUUUAUCUAGAAAAAGGUUAAUAUAAAAUUAAACCUUAGGUUUUAGUUUAUUUGGUAUGAAGAAAUAUGAAUAGUCAAUUUAAUGUUAUAAGGAAGCACUAGCAUUGAAUCCAUCAUAAGAUUUAUAAGAAAAGUUGCUUAUGGGCAAAGGUGAUUAAUUCAUAUUAAAAGUUAGGUUAAUCAUUAUAUAGUAUUAAUUAUUACGAGGAAUCAUUAAAAUGUUAUGAAAAUGUAGUUUAGAUAAAUCCUAAUAAUGAUUAGGCUUACUUUUAAAUAGGUAUCACUGUUAUUUAUAAUGUUAGGAUUUGUAUUAUAACAUUUGAAUGGAUUUAAUAAAUCAUUAGAGUACUUUUAGAUAGCCCUACGUUUAUAACCCGAUAAUUAGACAUAUCAAAAUUAUAUAGGUAUUUUAUAUUCUAUAUAAUAGAUUAUGUUUUAGAUCGAUAGAAACUUACCAAAAAGCCAUAAUAAAAAUCAAGAAAUACAAAAUACAAGAAAGGAUUGAAAUAAAAGUUCAAGAGAAUUGCAAAAAAAUGA